AUGUCGGCUCCCUUCUUUCCAUCUCUCGUCAGCCAACCACAACCCAGUGCAUCCUCUGUCACUGUGCCUAAAAUCGAGCCCGAGGAUGACGAUUUCUCUGACGAAGAAGAAGGAGAAUUCCACAUCCCUGGAGAACUAUCACCGCCUGAAAGACGAAUAGUGACGUUAAGGGAACUAUUUGAUCUUAUCAUGCAGGGUAGCAUCGAUCUCAAUCCCCCUUAUCAACGCGAUGUUGUGUGGCCACCCGCGAAGCAGAGUCUUCUCAUAGACAGCCUCUGGCGCAAUAUAUCUAUUCCUGCGCUCGUGUUCGCCAUUGUUCCAGAUGAGGAUGGGGUCCCUGUGAAAGUUUGCGUGGAUGGCAAACAGAGGCUGACAAGCAUUCAAAAGUUCCUUGUUGGCCAGCUUCCCUACAAGAUGUCACGAAGCAAGCAAUAUUAUUUCACUUCGCCAGAUUCAGCCAAACAACGACUCUUGAUACCUGACGCUUACAAGGAGAUUUUCUUGGACAAACAAAUAGCUUGUGAGGAGCAUUCCGAUCUUACUCCUGCCCUUGAAAGAGAAAUCUUCCAACGCGUUCAGAUGGGCAUGCAAUUGACGGCAGCAGAAAAGCUAGCGGCGAUCGACUCUCCCUGGUCUGCACUAGUAUCGGUACUCGAGGGCCGAUACGUCACUUCAGACAAUGGUCUUGCAGACCUUCUAGACUGGGACACUAAGCGAGGUCGCCAAUUCCAGAAUAUUGCCCAGCUGGUGUAUUGUGCAGAGCAAUAUCCGAGUGAGGAAGUGCCUACUGCAGCAAAGAUUACCAAGUGGAUCAGUCGUACCGACGCGCCUUCGCCCGAGUUCAGAAGUGAUAUCAAGAGUGUGCUGGAUGACUACACUCGGAUCGCGGAAGAACCACACUUGAAGUCUGUGGCUUUCAGCAACAAACAGCGUAUUUCCCCCAUCGAAUUUGUCUUCAUCGGUGUCUUACUCUAUGUUAUACGCCGUUUUGCGGACAGGGAAAAGGCCGCCUGCAUACAGUUUCUUCGCAAAACCAUCAGGAAAAGAUUUACGGAUAUACGUAUGAAUUCUAAUGUCGGACUGGGAAUGUGGGCGAUCAUUGAUGAGCUCAAACAUGACCCACCCACCCACUCGUCAAGCUCUCGAAAGAAACGAGGUGCCGAGUCAGACCAUGACUACCGCCCUGGCAUGGAUAACGGGUCUAAAAGGCGAAGAGGCUAA